CAGCAUCCCAAGAUGUCGAUGACUGCUCGGGCAUCACGAAUUGGGGUAAGCAGGGCUAGCGGGCUGGCUAAGCUGUCGCAAAGGAGAUUGGCCAGUGGAGGUGGUGCUUACAACGAGCCUAGCGGUCACUUCCUUGGACAAAAGCCAUUACGUAAAGGCGAGAAGCGAGAGAAGGAGGGAUGGGAGGGUAUUUACACCUACGGACUGUUCGGAGGUAUGGCUUUCUGCGCCAUCGGCUUGUUGUACAAGCCGGACACCAACAUCCAAUCUUGGGCAAGAGCAGAAGCACAAAAGCAGCUCGAAUCCGAAGGUGGUGUGUACAAGUAUGAGCCCAGUCCUUACGCUGGUCAUCCAGACAACAAGUAGUCGCGACAUGUAAAGCGCAAGUUAGUCUGCGCAUAUCCCCGUCGCACAGCAAUUUCAACAUCAUUGAGGCAGAUCGUGUGUACGUCAGGGGC